AUGGCAGAACCAGCACCAGAAGAACCGAAAGUCUCGAAGCGCGCCGCAGAAAAGGAGGCCAAGAAGGCGGCGGCCAAGGCGAAGAAAGAAGCGGCCAAGUCAGCAGCUCCCUCGGGCGCAGCGUCCACCAAAUCCGCGGAACCAGUCGACCCGUUCAAGCUGGGCUGGCUCAAGGGCGUGUACAACGAGAAGCCGGUCACAGACGUCCAGACCCGAUUCCCGCCCGAGCCCAAUGGCUACCUGCACAUCGGCCACGCCAAAGCCAUCACCGUCAACUUCGGCUUCGCCAAGUCCUACGGCGGCAAGUGCAAUCUGCGAUUCGACGACACCAACCCCGCCAAGGAGGAGGAGCAGUUCUUUACGAGUAUCAAGGAUAUGGUGAGCUGGUUGGGCUUCGAGCCGGCCAAGAUCACGCACAGCUCAGACGAGUUCGAUCACCUGUACGAGUUGGCGGAGGAGUUGAUCCGGAGGGGAAAGGCAUACGUCUGUCAUUGCUCGGCUGCUGAGGUGAAGGAGAAUCGUGGAGGCAAAGAGCAUGGUCCGAGGAAGGUGUGUGGGGACUGGUCAAAGUCGGCAGAGAAGAAUCUGGAAGAGUUUCGAGAUAUGAGAGAUGGCAAAUACGAGGCAGGCACAGCACAUCUCCGCAUGAAGCAGUAUCUGGGCACUAAGCCGGAAGAGUACGAGGUCAAAGAGGAUGAUACCGCUGAGAUCAAGAAAGAGAAGGCCAAGCUGAAGUCGUUGGCGGACAACCCUGCGCUGUGGGAUGUGGCGGCAUAUCGCAUCAAGAAGGACAACUACCACCACCGGACGGGCAACAAAUGGAGGAUAUACCCCACGUACGAGUUCACCCACUGCCUGUGCGAUUCUUUCGAGGGCAUCACCCACAGUCUGUGCACUGUCGAGUUCGAGACCUUGCGACCUGCAUACAACUGGCUGCUCGAAGCGCUCGAUCACAAGCUCCCAGGCAGCGACGAGAAGGGUCCCAUGCAGAGAGAAUACGGCAGGCUGAAUGUCGAGGGUACCAUUUUGUCAAAGCGGAGAAUUGCCAUGCUUGUCAACGGUACCACCAUCGGUGGCGACGCUCCAGAUCCGGUGGACGAAGCUGCAGACGGUGUGGAUGAGCUUGCCCUGGCUGAGGACGGAGACGAGGAACCAGAGGCACCUUCAGCACCUGCAAAGGCGGCGACGAAUGGCACAGGCCGCAAGAUUCCUCCAGUCGUGCGAGACUGGAACGACCCUCGCCUCUUCACCCUCGUAGCGCUUCGUCGACGUGGUGUGCCGCCUGGUGCUCUGAAAAAGUUCGUCUUUGACCUUGGUGUCACCAAAGCAAACGCCAACACAAUGACCCAUACGCUCGACGCCACCAUCCGAACAUACCUCGAACGAACCGUCCCUCGUCUGAUGCUAGUACUCGACCCCAUCAGGGUCACCUUCGAAAACCUCCCAGACGACUACGUUGAAGAGCGCGAAGUGCCGUUCGAUCCGAAAGAUCCCGCCAAGGGCUCUCACAAGGUUCCCUUCACCAAGACCAUCUACAUUGAUCGUGACGACUUCCGUGAAGUUGAUGAUCACGACUUCUUCCGUCUCUCACCUGGCCAGAGCGUAGGCCUCCUCAACGCCGAACACCCCAUCAGCUGCGUCUCCUUCAGCAAAGACCCCGCCACUGGCAAAGUCAGCGAGAUCAAAGCUCAGUAUGGCAAAGAUGUCAAACCUGGGAAAGCCCGCAUUCACUGGGUCGGUGAGUCCGCUGCACAUAAGAGCCCCAUCAAAGCAGAAUGCCGCAUCUUCAACCCUCUGUUCAAGACCCAGAAGCCGAACGAGCUGGAUUGGAAGAAUGGUGGCUACUACGACAACGUCAACCCCGAGUCAGAAAUCAUCUACAAGGAUGCGAUGGUAGAAUGUGGCUUCCGCGAGAUUCAGGAGCGAGCGCCGUGGCCGAAGGAGGAGGGUGAGGCGAAUGGUACUGCUGACAAGAGCAGUGUGAGGUUUCAGGGUCUGCGCACGGCUUUCUUCGCGGAAGAUGCUGAUUCGACUGCGGAUAAGGUGGUCUUGAAUCGAAUUGUGAGCUUGAAGGAGGAUACGGGGAAGAAGUAG